GGUUGCUAUGCCGACAAUGCCAGCCGAGUGCUAGCGGAGCACGUAAAGUUCGACAACAAGAUGACUAUCCAGAUGUGUUCGUCUAUCUGCGAGAACUAUACCUAUUUUGGAAUCGAAUAUGGCUGGGAAUGCUACUGUGGCAACACUAUGAAGAGUGGUUAUAAUAUGGUCGGUGGAGCUGAGUGUGUCCACAAGUGCCGAGGUGACGAUGGCCAGGUCUGUGGAGGUGUCUGGAGGGCAUCUAUUUUCACACGAGCAUAG